AUGACUUCCAUAUGUGAAACUCUACGCAUUUGCUUCAGAACGCUGAAAGGAACAUCUCCAGGAAUCGCUGCAGAAACCUCACGGACACGAUAUGAAUACGAGCUGGUUCAAGCUGGAAGUGCAAGUGACUUGGAGGGCAGCGACGGAGAGACACAGAAGGCUCCAGGCACAGAUGGACAUCCGUUCAAAGGUCCAAGUGUGUAUUUCACAGUGGGCAUUGUAUGCUACCAUCUUGUGUGUGCGGGCAUUGUAGCCGUGGCCGUUUUGAAUGGCUGGAUUUCAACCGAUCACGGUGGCGACUUUGCCUGGGAGCUUUGGGCAUUGUGGCAACAGCUGUGCCUUUGGACAUUGUUUGUGCAGAAUUUGACCCGAUGUGUGAUCAUGGAUGGAGAAGCUUUGGAAUCAUCUACUGCCACAACGAUUUUGCUUUAUACUGUGCCUUUCUUAAGUGAGCCCUGCGACACCAUGAAAGAUUGGGUGGUGACUGGAAUUUGCUUCCUCCAUGCUGAGACCUGGACGGGCUUCGCCAUUGGUACAUCAGUUGUUGGGCUUGAUGCGCUUUUGAUCCAAACAGGUUUGAUUCCUCGGUGGUGUCGCAUUUCUGACUCUUUGCGGAUCAGUCCUCCUUUGAUUGUGUUGCAGGUGCUCUAUGUUCUACUUCUUGCGACGCAAAUACACUAUAUGUUAUUUUUGCCUUAUUUUGCUGCCACUCUUUUCUGUCUGUGCGACAACCAAAGGGACGGCGACGGCACUUGGUCCACUACGUUUAGUUUAUCUAUGAUCGCGCUUACUUCCAUUUCAUGCAUUCAGAUAGUAAUUGGGCCAUCAUCAUCCACAUACUCAGAGGCAUUGUACGAAUGUUUGACUGACGGCGGUGUCUUGGCAGCUUUUUCUGUUUAUGUAAUCGUUUACUCCCACCUUUUAGUGAAUCUGCAUGAAGAUUGCGCAGCAGAUCUCCGGAAGAUCUACAGGGCUAUUCUGGAAUUGCCAUUGAAGGAGACGGACUUUGUACCUCAAACAUGGAGGGAGCGGAUGGCUCAGAAGACCACCAAUCUUUUUGUGGGCCUCCUGAGCAGUUCGCGGCUUCUCAUUGCUUGGGCAGAAAACUGGCCACAAGGGUUCUUUGCCACUUUGCUGGUACUACGAUACAGUAGGGGAGCAGGCGUGGGAUUUGCGGGGUGUUCUGCCAUUGUGAGCAUUGUAAAAGGGCUGAUCAUCCCUUCCUUUCAAAAGCUUCUCCUUCACCAGAAAUGGACUGCAGUCGAGACAGGGCUGAAUACCCUACUAGAGUCUGAAAAGGAUCAGCAAGCCGUGAUCAAGCAGCUGUCGACGGCUUCGGUGAUCAGUGCUACAGAUCUGAAAGAUGUUCUAGCAGGCUUUCUGGAUAAGCCAUCCAGCGACUUACUGAAUCAGCUCAAUGUCGGUGAAUCGGACCUGUUCAAUCCAAUCAAAGACUUACGGAGAGAAUGGCUACUGGGUAUCCUGGGAACAGACAACGGUGAGGAAAUCAGAUGCAAACUCAUCGCCAGCUAUUUACACAAGGGCGUUUCUGCCAGAGAGCUUUUUAACCUUGGACACAUGACAGUCAAUUGCAAAUACGCAGGCUUUACUGCCCGACAGUGCAUGGAGGUUGGCGGCUUCUCUGCAGGAGAGUGCAAGGCCGCUGGCUUCUCGGUCAGUGAUUGUAUAGGAGCAGGCUUUUUGAAAACGGAGGUCAAGGCGGCGGGCUUUUUCGCUCAAGAGUGGAAGUCUUCUGGCUUUAGUGCCGUUCAAUGCAAGGAUGUUGGCUUCUCGGCCGGGGAGUGUCUCGCUGCAGGCUUUUCUAAAGACGAUUGCCUAAGGGCUGGCUUUGCUCCAGCAGAAAUUGAAUUCUAUCUUCGCCAAGCCACUGACCGCGAUUGA